ACGGCACCGGAAGGACUUUCCUUUGGCACUGUCACUAACCCUAACUCUAUUUAUGAUAAGACUAAGUAUUUAUAAUGUUCUUUAUACGUGACGGUGCCAAAUGAAAGUCCUACCAAGCGAAAACGGAACCAAAUUGGACAAAACGGAACCUGCGUUGGCUAAAAUGGCACCGAAAUUUAUGACUAAAAUGGAACCUACGAUGGCUAAAACGGCACCAUAAUUGAAUUUUAUUUGAAGAAUAGUAAAUAAGACAAAAAACCCCAACAAAACAACUUAACUCAAAUAAAAAGUUGUUUAUUAAAAGAAAAACUAAAUGUUUUUGUGUCACUUCUGAUAGUUGCACAAACAAUCUUCAGGUCAGGUAAAUUUAUUUACGUGCUUCCAUAAGAUAACUGUUCAAGCACGCUCCCAUUGGGAGCCACCUCUGACAAGAUCCAGACGCCAAUAUUGCUGAGGAGAGCUCUUCUGAACUUUUAUUUUUCUCAAUAAAAUAAGUCAAAACAAAGAGACCGCCGGAAGUUGGAAGAAAACGUGAGCUGUUGACUAGAUGGCAACUAUCAAACACCUGCUUCAACAAGAGGUAUUCCUUCGAGACGAUGAACGACUUGUUGGGGUAAUCAGCGUCUCAAAACCAUCCAAGAAGAAAAAGACCAGCUACCUGUGUGCCGUUUUAAACACCACUGAGACUCCUAUUAGAGUUUGUGUGUAUGUAGUCAAAAAAGCUGACCGUGGGGAUGCGUACAAGAAACAGUUGUCAUGGUUACUGAAAGAACUGAGAGUGGUCGAUGGAAAGAAUUCAGAUAAGGAAAUGCCAGAGUUCGAUCUUCACUUUGAGAAGGUGUACAAAUGGGUGGCGAGUUGCCCCAAGGACAGAGACAGUUUUAUCUCAUGUUUAUGGCGGCUGAGUCGGCGGUAUCUGAUUCAAAAGCCAGAUUUUGUUAACAUAUCGGAGGAUCUUCUUAUCGACAUCACCCAGCCUCAGGACCCGAGUGAGGUGUCCAAGUCUGUUGAUGACUUGUCAAUCGAGGAAGACUAUCAAGCGCUGACUAGUAAAGAGGAGACGGACCUGGAACUGUUGAUGUCAGAAUGUGCCGUGGCCAUCAGUAACGCUGAGGCAUUCGCCGAACAGUUGGGCAAGCAAUUGUCUGUCCUUGAUGGAGCCAACAUUCACUCUAUAAUGGGUUCGGAGGACCAGGUGUUGAACUUGAUGCGACUCUUGGACGAUGGUAUUAAUGAAGCGGAGAGGAUUGAGAGGAAGCUGGACUCGUACGACAACAUUUUAGUUAACGUCAAGGAGCAGAUGGAGGUGAUGAAGGAAAAGGACCGACUGAUGAGGAUCCGGAACACAAACCACCAAUGUCUGCUGGAGGAACUCAACAGCUUGGUGUCCCAGCUUGACUUGGAUAUGAAACACAUCAGUGCACUUUGUGAUGGAGACUUGGCAAGCCCGGGGGCAAUCUACGAAUGUACAGCCGCAGCCCAGGCAUUACACAAGUGUAUGAAUGCAAAAAUUCAUGCAGGCCUGCUGAGAAUGGGGGCUGUUGAAGAGCAGCACAAAAGAUUCAACAAGUUGGCAGCAAAUUUCUCCAAACGACUGGCCCACCAUCUAAAUAACCUGUUUAUUCAUCAGGGUAAUGAGAUUGAGGAAACGUGGAAUCACAUGUCGAGUGAGCUGAGUAUGCCGAAUCACGACGUAAUGCACAGGGAACUCGUCGUGUAUGCUGAUCUCAUGCACUGGCUAAAGGACACUGAUAGCAGCAUAUUUAACAGUCUGUGUGCAGUGUAUCAUGAGAAUCUCUGUAAGCUGUACACUAAGGAAAUUUCAGAAUUUCUUGAAAAUGCUAAACAAAAAAUGAUUGCAAAGCCUGACAAAUCAGGAAAACAUUCAGCAACAUUAACACCCAAGUUGUCUGGUUCGGCCACCAGUCUGGGUAAACUGAGUGAUCUACAUUUACGUGGUCGGUCGUCUUCCGUACAGAGCAUGGAGUCAGCUAAUUUUCUCAAUAUACUAAGUGUUCACUUAGAUACCAAGGGACUCUUUGAUCAGAUUUUGGAGACUGUUUUGGGUGAAAUGGAGCGAGUGUGUAUAGCUGAACAAGAUUUCUGUGUCAGGUUUUUCCACCUGGUCGAGAAGGCGGCAAUAGUUGAGAGUAAGGAUGAAGAUGAGGAUCAGGAGGUGUGGACCCUGAGGACGCCACCCAAACUGAGGAGGAAAUCGUCCAUCAUUCUAGAUGACUACUUUGUGGAGAAUUUGGGACAAGGCUUGAUGCAGAAAAGAUCCACUUCUCAUCUGAGGCAAAUAAAUGAUACUGUUAGGGUGAUGAUGGCCGAACUUUUCCCAACACUGGACACAGAACUUAAUGGAUUUCUAGCCUUUGCUGACAAACAGGAUAGCAUGUACUCCAUGUUCAUGCUGGUGCGGAUGAGUCAACACGUGAUCAACACGCAGGACAUGGGCUCCUUCCUCAGCCUCAUCUUUGGCAACUGUCUCAUCAAAGUGAAGAGGAACUUCGAUAAUCACAUUCUAGCUCACAUCAAAGGGAUUGAAGAAGCCAAAAUUUCUAAGAAGACUCGGUGUGGCAUUAUUAUCUUUGUACACAACUUCGAGGAUUUUGCUAAUUUUGCUGAAACCAUUUUCAAGGGCUCAGACCGACACACCGAUCUUGAUAAAGCCUAUGCAAAACUGGUGAAUGUCAUAUUUGAACAGAUAGAACGAGUUGCCAAUGAGCACGUGAAAACUCCCCCAGCGGUCAUCAUGAUGGAAAACUACCACAGAAUGUUUUCUAUUCUGUCGCAGCUGAAAAUUGCUAGUCUUGAGUCAGAGAAGAAGAAGGCCAAACAACUGUAUACAGAAAACCUUCAUCAGUACACCACUAACCUACUGGGCAGACCCCUGGAAAAACUCCAUAUAUUUUUUGAAGGGGUUGAGGCUCAGAUGGCGAAGGGGGUCAAGGCUGAGGAAGUGGGUUUCCAGCUGGCAUUCAGCAAACAGGAGCUGAGGAAAGUCAUCAAGGAAUACACGCCCAAAGAAAUUAAGAAGAUCUUUGAGCACAUGUACAAGAAGGUUGAGAAACAGCUGUGUGAAGAGGAGAACCUGCUCCAGGUUGUGUGGCACGACAUGCAGGAUGAGUUCACCAAACAGUACAACUACUACAAUGACCGUAUCACCAAGUGUUACCCAGACUCCCAGAUAUCCCUGGAGUUCACCAUACAUGAUGUACUGCACUUCUUCUCUGACAUAGCGCAGUCUCACUAAUCAUGUUCUCCAGACUCCCAGAUAAUCCCUGGAGUUCACCAUACACGACGUACUGCACUUCUUCUCCGACAUAGCACAGUCUCACUAACCAUGUUACCCAGACAUCCCUGGGGUUCACCAUACACGAUGUACUGCACUUCUUCUCUGAUAUAGUGCAGUCUCACUAACCUUGUUCCCCAGACUCAGAGAUAUCCCUGGAAUUCAUCAUACACGAUGUACUGCACUUCUUCUCUGACAUAGCGCAGUCUCACUAACCAUGUUCCCCAGAUAUCCCUGGAAUUCAUCAUACACGAUGUACUGCACUUCUUCUCUGACAUAGCGCAGUCUCACUAAUCAUGUUCUCCAGACUCCCAGAUAUCCCUGAAGUUCACCAUACACGACGUACUGCACUUCUUCUCCGACAUAGCGCAGUCUCACUAACCAUGUUACCCAGACAUCCCUGGGGUUCACCAUACACGAUGUACUGCACUUCUUCUCUGACAUAGUGCAGUCUCACUAACCAUGUUACCCAGACAUCCCUGGGGUUCACCAUACACGAUGUACUGCACUUCUUCUCUGACAUAGUGCAGUCUCACUAACCUUGUUCCCCAGACUCUGAGAUAUCCCUGGAAUUCAUCAUACACGAUGUACUGCACUUCUUCUCUGACAUAGCGCAGUCUCACUAACCAUGUUCCCCAGACUCGGAGAUAUCCCUGGAAUUCAUCAUACACGACAUACUACACUUCUCCGACAUAGUGCAGUCUCACUAACCUUGUUCCCCAGACUCUGAGAUAUCCCUGGAAUUCAUCAUACAUGAUGUACUGCACUUCUUCUCUGACAUAGCGCAGUCUCACUAACCAUGUUCCCCAGACUCAGAGAUAUCCCUGGAAUUCAUCAUACACGAUGUACUGCACUUCUUCUCUGACAUAGCGCAGUCUCACUAACCAUGUUCCCCAGACUCGGAGAUAUCCCUGGAAUUCAACAUACACGAUGUACUGCACUUCUUCUCUGACAUAGCGCAGUCUCACUAACCAUGUUCCCCAGACUCGGAGAUAUCCCUGGAAUUCAUCAUACACGAUGUACUGCACUUCUUCUCUGACAUAGCGCAGUCUCACUAACCUUGUUCCCCAGACUCAGAGAUGUCCCUGGAAUUCAUCAUACACGACAUACUACACUUCUCCGACAUAGUGCAGUCUCACUAACCUUGUUCCCCAGACUCAAGAGAUAUCCCUGGAAUUCAUCAUACACGACAUACUACACUUCUUCUCAGUGCAGUCUCACUAACCUUGUUACUGGAGUAUAAAUGCGUCUGUUGCAUAUCAGGGUGUCCUAAAGUAUGCCCAGGGAAAACAAAUAAUGUAUUUUCAAAGUAGAAAAGAAAAAGCAGAAACAAGUUUAAAAUUCACCUGAAUUGGGCUUCUACCAAGUAACUCUGGUUUUUAUUUUAAUUAAAGCUAGAUAUAUGGAAUGCUUGUUGGAAACAAGGAUUAAAUGAACUUGUUUUAAGAGUGCUGAAUAACCAAUACUAACUGCAAGUUUUUUCUUUCUAAUUCCAUCUUCCAAUUUUCAAGGAAGACGUAAUAACUAGGAUUGAAAGACAUGGGACUGGUGUAGCUGGGGAGGGUGUGCCCUCAAUCAAACCUUUUCCACGCCACAACCCAUGUUAAAAUGGGAAUUAAUUAACAGACGCGUAGUUCUAACACCUUGCAGACAUGAUAAUAACAUUGAUUCAAUGAUAUGCACGAUUCUGAUGUUGAUCUGUGUACAGCUGUCAAGUGUUGAUAUUUAUAAUGUGCUAUUUGUGUAAAUAAUUUAUGUAAUUUUAUUGUGUAUGUUUAUUGAUAGCAACUUUUAAAGCAGUUUUGUUUCAAUAUAAAGUGUAAAAAAAAUUUGUUCUGGACACAAAGAAAAUUUCAACAAAAGAAUAAAUAAUAAUAAUUGUAUUGUAUCAAAAUAUUUAUCAAAUAAAUUUUAUAACAAUC